AUCAUGUUGCGAAAUAUUAGUAAAGUUGUAUCGCAAAAAGCGAAAUUCGGCACAGCUGCUGCACCGGCACCUCAUAACAACCCAGAAAUUCUCUACACCGGACUCUUCAUCAACAAUGAGUGGGUGAAGUCAUCAGACGGGAAGACCUUCCAGACGGUAAAUCCGGCCAAUGGCAAGGUCAUUGCGGACAUCCAGCAGGCGGGCCAGGCUGAUGUGGAGCAGGCAGUGCAGGCCGCUAAUGAGGCUUUCAAGCUCGGGUCUCCAUGGCGGAGAAUGGACGCCUCCCAGCGCGGGUUGCUGAUCAACAAGCUCGCUAGUUUGGUGGAGCGCGACUCCACUUACCUCGCUAGUUUGGAAACGCUCGACAACGGCAAACCGUACCAAGCGAGCUACUUCCACGAUCUGGCGGCGGUGGUCAAGAGCCUGCGGUACUACGCCGGCUGGGCCGACAAGAACCACGGGUACACUCUGCCCGCCGAUGGAAACUACUUCGCGUACACCCGUCCCGAACCUGUCGGAGUAUGCGGUCAGAUCAUCCCGUGGAACUUCCCCCUACUGAUGGCGGCGUGGAAGCUCGGCCCGGCGCUGGCGGCCGGCUGCUCGCUCGUGCUCAAGCCCGCUGAGCAAACCCCGCUGACGGCGCUGUACAUCGCACAACUCGUCAAGGAAGCCGGAUUCCCCGCUGGCGUGGUGAACGUACUGCCGGGCUUUGGAGACGUCGGUGCCGCUAUCGUCGCGCAUCCAAAGAUCGACAAAAUAGCCUUCACUGGAUCAACGGAGGUCGGCAAAAAGAUCCAGCGCGGCGCGGCGGAGUCGAUGAAGCGCAUCACGCUGGAGCUGGGCGGCAAGUCGCCCAACAUCAUCUUCGCGGACGCGCACGUCGCCGCCGCCGUGGAGCAGGCGCACCACGCGCUCUUCUACAACAUGGGCCAGUGCUGCACCGCCGGUUCCCGUACUUUUGUGGAAGACAAGAUCUACGAUCAGUUCGUGGAGCUGGCGGCGAAGCGCGCCGCCAAGCGCAAGGUCGGCGACCCCUUCCAUCACGAGACCGACCACGGACCGCAGAUCGACGGCGAGCAACAGAACAAGAUCCUGGGCCUCAUAGAGACGGGCAAACAGCAGGGAGCCAAGCUCGAGACGGGCGGCUCCCGCGCCGGGGACGUUGGGUACUUCGUGCAGCCCACCGUCUUCAGCAACGUACAGGACCACAUGGACAUCGCUAAGACUGAGAUCUUCGGGCCCGUCCAGCAAGUGCUGCGCUUCUCAGAUGUUGACGAGGUGAUAGAACGCGCAAACAACACGGAGUACGGGCUCGCCGCCGCCGUUUACACCAAGGACCUCGACCGCGCCAACUAUGUUGUACAGAGCCUCCGCGCCGGCACGGUGUGGGUGAACGACUACAACGUGUUCUGCAACCAGGUGCCGUUCGGCGGCUUCAAGCAGUCCGGCCUCGGCCGCGAGAACGGCCCCUACGGCAUCCGGAACUACGUCGAGAACAAGUCCGUGCUUGUCAAGCUCACCGCUAAGUACUCGUAG